AUGUCUUUGGCUGUCGAUCUCAUCGAGUCUUCCAAGAAGCUCGCCGCAUACCGUGCCGUCGAAGAUCAUCUCCUCCCUUCUUAUAAAUUCGUUGGUAUCGGCUCCGGCAGCACCGUCGUGUACGUUGUCGAAGCCAUCGUCAGCAAAGGCCCAGCAUUCUAUUCUGGCAUGACCUUUGUGCCUACCGGCAGCCAGUCAAAAGGUCUCAUUAAGACGGCAGGAUUGAGCAUGUGCUACGUCGAUGAACGGCCUACUGUAAAUGGUAGUCCCGUGGCCCUCGAUGUUGCCUUCGAUGGCGCCGACGAAGUCGACGAAGACCUCAACUUGAUCAAGGGCGGUGGUGCGUGUCUUUUCCAGGAGAAACUCGUUGCCACUGCUGCAAACAAAUUUAUAGCUGUCGCCGACUCUCGAAAGCAGUCACCACGCCUCUGUACCAAGUGGAAGACGAUCCCGAUCGAAGUCCUCCCUCUUGCUGCACCCGAUGUUCUCCGUCGUCUCCGAGCAAUGGGUUCGCCGAGUCCCACUGUUCGGUCUGGUCUUCCCAGCAAGGCUGGCGAGUGCGUCACAGAUAAUGGCAUGUGGAUUAUUGAUGCACCAUUUUCUCCUCUAUUAAUCCGCAAGGAUCUAUCUUCAACCGAGGAUGGCUGUGGAAGGAAUGGCUCUUGGGAGAUCCAGACAUUAGCAGAUGAAUUGCUCAAGGUUCCGGGCAUUAUUGAGAUUGGCCUGUUCUACGGCUUCAACGGUAACCAAGCUCUGGGGUUAGGCAAAGAACUACAGGCCCAAAAGCCUGUGGCCGCCUAUUUUGGUAUGCCAGAUGGCCAGGUGCAGGUGCAGAACGCAUAA